AUGGGUAAAUACAAUGCGGCCGAGACAUAUUAUCGUCGUGGUCUAUCUAAUCUGUCAUCCAACGAUAAUCAAAACAUUUCUUUAUACUAUUACGAACUCGGACGUUUAGCCAAAAUUAAAGGUAAAUAUGAAUCGAGUCUCCAACUACUGUUUCAAUCGCUAGAUAUCGAUAUAAAAUCCUCAAAAUCGAACGAUCCAAACAUUGCAAAUACUUACAAUACUAUUGGCAAUGUUUAUCAAGCACAGAGUGAUUAUAAACAAGCCUUAGAAUUCUAUGAUAAGGCACUGAUCAUACUCCGACGUGCAUAUGGUGAAAGUGAUCCACAUGUCGCCAUGUGUUUGAAUAACAUCGGAGCUGUCUAUCAAAAGCAAGGAAAACAUAAGGAAGCACUCGGCUACUAUCAAGAUGCAUUGGUCAUUCGUGAGAAGCAUCUUCCUUGUAAUGAUCCAGAGUUGGGUGCAUCGCAUAAUAAUGUUGGAAUUGUAUAUCGGUGUCUUGGUUAUACCGAUGAAGCAUUGAAACAUUACAAGAUCGCUCUCGAAAUUUACAAAGCGACACUUCCUGUUAUUCAAAUCAAACAAAGCGUCCAACGUGUAUUAUCGAAAUUGAAAUAG